AUGCAGAAAUUUUCCGGCAAAUUCACUGUUCAUAUCUCUCGUCCGACCAACAAGUUUUUCUCCAGAUUAUCAGAAAUUUUCCGGGAAAAUUCUGGGGAGGGUUUUCAUUGUUCUUGUGUUUUGGAUCUGUUUCAAGGAAUUCGAUGGAAUUGGAUUGAUUUCUUUGUUUUUCCCAGAAAAUUUGGGUUGUUCUUGUUGUUGAAGACUUGGGGGUGUUUUAUAUUUNCGCCGGAAUCCACUACUCCUGUCGUCGCUGCUGCUGUUCCGGUUCUCCGGCAAAUUUCACGGCGGAGUUCGACGCGGUUAAGUCAGAACAUUCCGACGUCUCCCGAGGCUACAAAUUCCGGCGAAUCACCCGAGAACAAUGACUCCGCCUCGACCAUCGCCGGCACUGGCAGUCGGAGUAGCCGGAGUCUCCUCAGGCCGCAAAUGUCGCGGCGCAACUCUACGAGACGCUCACUUGAACGGAGCGAGAGUUUCACUGACUUGACGGAGCCGGUGCAUGAAGGCACGCGCCGCCUCUCGGCUGCACUGGCAAUGGAGAGAUCAAUGUCCGCUAGAGAAACGGUGGCGACCCAGGAGGCAGCCGACGCAGAAACCACCGCCGACGAAGACGAUGAAGAAGCAGACUCCACGGCGGUGGAGACGGCGGCGCCGGUGAGAAUGUCACUAAUGGAUCUCUUAGAAGAGACGGACAGGCAAAUGGGGUUCGAAGGGUCAAGAUACAAAAUAGAAGACGAAGUAGAAGAAGAAGAAGAAGAAGAAGAGGAAGAAGAAAAGGAAGAAGAAGUCGCCGUCGUGGGCGGCGGGUCGGAACGGAAGUGCUGCGUGUGCAUGGUGCGUCAUAAAGGGGCGGCAUUUAUCCCCUGCGGUCACACCUUUUGUAGGCUCUGUUCAAGAGAACUUCUGGUCAGUAGAGGCAACUGUCCACUUUGCAAUGGCUUCAUUUUGGAGAUUCUCGACAUUUUCUAAUUUUCCCAAUUUUUCUAAGCUUUUUUUCUUCAACCUGUCACAUAUUUUAGCUCAAUUGAUUACAACGUGUACCCUCUACUAAAAUGUUAGAUAUC